AUACCUCAACAGUCUUUGCACCCACAGCCAUCAGCUCUUGCCCAGGAGCUGUGUGCUGGUGCUGGCAGAAGCAAAACAGCUCUGGCAGACCAGGAAACACCGGGAGAAGGCAGCACAGCACUUGCAGAGAUCUAGAGGAGACUCAAAACGUUUGUCAAGCCACCUGAUUGAUCUGGUAUCAAGGACUAUCCAAGUAACCAGACAGAGGGAUCUGAGAGAGGCACGUGCCUGCCAAACACAGCCCAGAGAUGAGUGAGACCCCAGCUGCCAACCUCAACACUGGAGAUGCUCCAACUGGUCCCACCACACCACGCAAGGGGCCUCCCAAGUUCAAGCAGAGACAGACAAGGCAGUUCAAGAGCAAGCCCCCAAAAAAAGGAGUAAGAGGGUUUGGAGAUGACAUCCCAGGCAUGGAGGGGCUAGGCACAGAUAUUACCGUGAUUUGCCCAUGGGAAGCUUUCAGCCAUCUGGAACUGCACGAGCUGGCCCAGUUUGGGAUCAUCUAAGGUGUCAGCAUCUCUACUAGUGUCACCUGGUGACUCCACAGAUUCCAACAUGGUCUUUACCACCUUUGACACUUACUUUUGGCCCUUGCAUCCACUUGCUUAUGGGCAGGGUGGUUUUGUAAGAGCUAGUUAUGAGAAACUUAACUUUGCAGAUUAAUUUGGCAAAGAAGUUAUUUGGGACCCUGAGCAGACCUCAUGUUCCAUGUGAUGAAACUACUGAAAAAUGUCUUAAUGUCUCCCUGCACCAUAUUCUUUCUUAUCUCACUGUCAUAGAUCUUCAAUGUUUAUGGUGAUACGGGGAGGCUGCAUUUGAACUUUUUCCCUGAUUAGCUGAGAUAUUGUGUGCAUGUACAUCCAGACCUAAUUAAAUCAGCCUAUUCUAUUUUCUUCCUUCCCUCCCUUUCCUCAGCUUUCUGUAUAGAAUUUCCAUGGGUAGGUCCCUUUGUUUUUUGGGCCACCAAUUAUUUGCUCCAAGUACAUCUGUAGAGAACAGCAUUAGAGUCACCAGUCCAGACAUUAGGCUGUUUUCCAUAGGAGAUCCUUCCCCAGUGGCUCACCAUAAGGAACGUGCUGCUAAGAUUUACCUCAUCAGCAAAUGGGGAAAAGGGCUUGCAAAUGCUGUCUGUGCUGUACUGCCCAGAGGCUAUGAACCAUGAGAGUCUGGCUGUUCUCAUAAUGUUAAAUGAAAAUGUGUGCGUCUGAGAUCAAUAGCUAAGUGAAUUAAUCCUAUUAUUCAUUCCUUUGUGGUUGCAGUUCCAAAGAAGCAGCACUCCAAAUGACGCUGCGUUUCCUCUCCUUUGAUGGGAGGCCCUGUGUGACACUUGUCCCCACGCCCAUACAUAUUUACAUGAGACAUUUGCUCCCCAGGACACGCUUGCUGCUUAUUAAGACAGAGAAUCCUUAUGAUCUAUCACCAGCCUGUGCCAGCGGUCCUGCCACAUCCAGCAGAAAAUGAUCCUGCAGUAAUUGCUCCCUCCUCUCUGUGUUUGGCAUAGGGUGAGUCUCCCCUCACCCUGCCCCUCAUAAGCAGGAAGGCUUUUCUCUCUUCACUCCCUGGCAAUUUCAAGCUCUGGAGCUUGUUUGGACAAGCAGGCAAAUGGUGUCCCCAGAGAGAAGUAACAGCAGAGCAGGCGGGCAG